GAUAGCGAAGGCAUUGAGCAGCUGCAGUGCAAGUACUGGAGAUAUCAUUCGUACCACUGAGAGGCUAAAGCAAGAGCUUGAUGUCACUACUCAGCGCCAGGAAAUUGUGUCAUGCUUUCUUCGCGAUUACCAACUUUCCAAUGAAGAGAUUUCUGCACUAAGGGAUGAGGAACUGAAUGAUAAUUUUUUCAAGGCACUCCAGCAUGUUCAAGAAAUACAUGCUAACUGCAAGAUACUCUUAAGAACACAUCACCAGCGUGCUGGUUUGGAGCUUAUGGACAUGAUGUCUGUUUACCAAGAAGGUGCAUAUGAAAGACUAUGCAGAUGGGUUCAGGCGGAGUGUAAAGAGCUGGGAGACACUGAUAACCCUGAAGUUGGUGAUCUUCUUAAGAGGGCUGUCCGUUGCCUGAGAGAUAGGCCAGUUCUUUUCAAGUAUUGUGCAGAAGAGGUUGCAAAUAUGAGGCAUCAUGCUUUGUUUAGAAGGUUCAUAAGUGCUCUUACACGCGGAGGGCCUGGAGGGCUGCCUAGACCCAUUGAAGUGCAUGCACAUGAUCCUUUGCGCUAUGUUGGUGAUAUGUUGGGAUGGCUACAUCAGGCUAUUGCAUCAGAAAGGGAACUUGUACUUGUAUUACUUGAUCCGGAUGCCAUAACUGAUACAGGGUCAGCUGCUCAUCUGUUUGGGAGGAACCCUGAAAGUGAUUCCACAAAAUCAGAACCUGAUGCGACGUUUGUUCUUGAUAGAAUAUUUGAAGGGGCAUGUCGACCCUUCAAAAUCAGAGUCGAGCAAGUUCUGCAGUCUCAACCUAGUCUUAUAGUUUCAUACAAACUAAGCAAUACUUUGGAGUUCUAUAGCUACACUAUUUCAGACCUGUUGGGAAGAGAAACUGCUCUCUGCAACACCCUUUGGCUACUCAAAGAUGCUGCCCACCAAACAUUCCAUAAUAUACUGAAAAACCGAGGGGACAGGUUGUUAAGAUAUCCCCCAUUGGUUGCGGUUGAUUUAUCGCCACCUCCAGCAGUAAGAGAGGGAGUGUCUUUGCUUCUUGAGCUUAUUGAAACUUACAAUGGCAUGAUGGUUUCUGCAUCUGGCAUGAAGCCAGACUUUGAUCCAGUGUUAGCUGCUUUACUUGAUCCAAUAAUUCAG